UCAAACAUGAGUCGGAGUAAACAACUGCUCCACUCGUCGGGUUUACACACCAUCCUGAAAUCCACCAUUUCCUGGUUCGAUUUCCUUUUCUUCUCCGUCCAUCUCGAAAUCUUGCUUUUCUUUCCGUUAGGGUUUCGAUUUUCUUUCCCAUUUUAUCUUCGAAAUGAAAUAAAAAUCUGUUUCUUUCUUAUGGAAAUGUAGACUACCUAAUCAGAACGAGAAUCUGUAGUAGCAUCACAAGAAGCGACAUCCAGUGAAGGUCGAAGCUAUGGCGGUCAGUCUCAACCACCACUCUUUAUCCUUAACAUUCUUGAAUCUCUCAUCCUACUCCUCUCGGUUUCAUCUUCAUCAUCACAAUCAUGGAACCUCUCUAACUAAACUCAGAACAUGUAUCCCUCUCUCUGCUAUUUCUCCUCCAAAUCGAAACCCUUCGUCCCCAACCCCUUUAUCUUCACCAUCAAUUUUUCUUCCUUUCCUCCAAGAACACGAAGAAACCAUCUCAGACUUAGAAACCCCACAAAUUGAACUCCCGAAAGAUGAAUCAAUCACAGACCCAAUUCAUAAAUUCUUCAAAGCACAAACUUCUUCUCAGCUCCCAGACCCUGCCCUUGAAGGCAAAUUCACUCUCCAAAAAAACCGCCGCACUUCCUGGCACCUCUCCACCACCAUCACCAACACUGAACCUGAAGAAUCCGGUUACGAAACCGAAUCCAAUACUGAAGAACAGGGAACCCCAGUUAUCAAUAUUGCUGAGCCCGAAACGGGAAGUGAAGAAAUCGGUGGUUCUGUUAUUGAGGUUAGUAGUACAAGUAAUGGUGUCACCGGAGUUCUUGAAAUCGCGAGGAAUUUGCCGGAGAAUGUGACUUUAGGUGAGGUUUUGGGGCCGUAUGAAGGAAAAUUAAGUGCAAGAGAUUGUGUAGAAGUGUUGGGAUUGAUGGGUCAGGAGGAGGGAUUAACAAUGUGCUGUUUAUAUUUCUUUGAGUGGAUGAGUUUACAGGAGCCCUCAUUGGUUACACCCUGGGCUUAUUCUGCUUUGUUUCCUGUGUUGGGAAGAGCUAGAAUGGGUGAUAAAUUGAUGAUUUUGUUCAACAAUUUGCCCAAUUCCAUGGAAUUCAAGCAAGUUCAUGUGUAUAAUUCUGCAAUCUCUGCUCUUUCGUAUUGUGGGAGAUAUGAUGAUGCUUGGAGAUUGUUUGAGAUGAUGGAGGAACAGAAUGUUGAACCAGAUAAUGUAACAUGCUCUAUAAUGAUCACGGUUAUGAGGAAAACCGGCAAUAGUGCGAAAGAAGCAUGGGAGUUCUUCGAAACCUUGAACGUUAGAGGACUCAAAUGGAGUUUAGAAGUUAUGGGUUCUCUUAUUAAGUCGUUUUGUGACGAGGGUUUGAAGAAAGAAGCGCUGAUUAUCCAAUUAGAAAUGGAGAAAAAAGGGAUCGCUUCUAAUGCAAUCGUCUACAACACGAUUAUGAACGCUUAUAGCAAAUCGGACCAGAUAGAAGAAGCCGAAGGUCUUUUUGCUGAAAUGAAGGCAAAAGGGAUCGAACCCACCACAGCUUCAUACAACAUUUUGAUGGAUGCUUACAGCCGAAGAAUGCAACCAGAAGUAAUCGAAAAAUUGAUGGCAGAAAUGGAAGAAAUCGGAUUACCGACAGAUGUGAAAUCAUUCACUUGUUUGAUUAGUGCUUACGGCCGACAAAAGAAAAUGAGCGAUAUGGCGGCUGAUGCUUUCUUGAAGAUGAAAAAAUCCGGCAUAAAACCGACAUCCCAUUCUUAUACAGCACUUAUACAUGCAUACUCAAUCAGCGGAUGGCACGAAAAAGCCGAGCUUGCGUUCCAAAACAUGAAAAGGGACGGUGUGAAACCGUCGAUUGAAACCUACACCGCGUUACUUGACGCAUUCCGGCGAGCUGGCGACACUGAAUCGCUAACGAGAACCUGGAAAACGAUGAUGAACGAUAAAGUGAAAGGAACCCGUGUGACUUUCAAUAUUCUUGUGGACGGGUUUGCAAAACAAGGUCAGUACAGUGACGCAAGAGACGUGAUAUGUGAAUUCGGGAAGAUCGGAUUGAAGCCGACCGUGAUGACAUAUAACAUGCUGAUAAAUGCGUAUGCACGUGGUGGGAACGAGAGUAAGCUGCCACAACUACUGAAGGAGAUGGCGGUGCUUGAGUUGAAACCUGACUCAGUUACGUAUUCGACCAUGAUUUACGCGUAUGUUCGGGUUCGGGAUUUUAAGCGAGCGUUUUAUUAUCAUAAAGAGAUGGUGAAAAGCGGGCAGGUUCCGGAUGCGAGAUCGUAUCAUAAAUUACGGGCGAUUUUGGACGUGAAAGCUGCAACGAAGAACAAGAAAGAUAAGAGUGCGAUAAUGGGGAUCAUCAGUAAUAAGCUGGGUUGGGUGAAGAUUAAGAAGAAAGGGAAGAAAGAUGAGUUUUGGAAGAACAAGAAGAAGUGGUCGGGAGCUCGGAGUUCGGAUUUCGUUGGACGCCGGUGACGCAGAGAGGUUUCAUAAUAUAAUUACAUUCUUAAUUCUUAAUUUUUUAGCAUUAAUUAUGAUAUUGAAAUGUUAAGUGUAUUUAAUAUUUUGAUUAU